CCUCCAGCCUAAACGAGGAGUGCAAUCCGCCCAUCCAAUGAAAAACUUACAGUGGCCCGUCACUAGGCAGUAUAACGUGUGGCUGGCCAAUUAUCUUUUUCUUGGCCUAGAAGGGUGCAGGGAGCUGAAGCUAACCGAGUGGCAGCGAUCGAGUCCCGGGGAAAUCUGUCACGGAGUCACCGUGAAAAAGAUCAACAGCCACAACAUGCCGAAUAAAACUAAAAAGGAAAAGGAACCAACCAAAUCUGCCAAAAGCAGCACUAAAAACAGUAAUGCCACCAGUGGGAAAGACACAGGAACUGAAAAUGCAGAUGAGGCGGCGCAGCAGCAGACUGCCAGCAAGCGUCCCAGCAAUAGCACCCCUCCACCCACUCAGCUCAACAAGAUCAAGUACUCUAGCGGUCCCCAGAUCGUCAAGAAGGAGCGUCGCCAGAGUUCAUCACGAUUCAACCUCGCCAAGAACCGUGAGCUGCAGAAACUUCCUGCCCUCAAAGAUGCGCCUCUUAUCGACCGGGAAGAGCUGUUUGUGCAGAAGCUGCGCCAGUGCUGCGUACUCUUUGACUUUGUCACGGACCCCCUAAGCGACCUGAAGUACAAGGAGGUGAAGCGUGCCGGUCUGAAUGAGAUGGUGGAGUACAUCACGCACAGCCGCGAAGUGGUCACCGAGUCCAUCUAUCCCGAGGGUGUCAUCAUGUUUUCAAUCAACCUGUUCAGGACCCUGCCACCAUCCUCCAACCCCACGGGGGCUGAGUUUGACCCAGAAGAGGACGAGCCCACACUGGAGGCUGCUUGGCCACACCUACAGCUGGUGUAUGAAUUCUUCUUACGAUUCCUGGAGUCCCCUGAUUUCCAGCCUAAUGUCGCCAAAAAAUACAUUGACCAAAAGUUUGUACUGUCUCUACUGGAGCUGUUUGACAGUGAAGACCCCAGGGAGCGGGACUUCCUGAAGACCAUCCUCCACAGGAUCUACGGCAAGUUCCUGGGUCUUCGGGCCUACAUCCGCAGACAGAUCAACAACAUAUUCUACAGGUUUAUAUAUGAAACCGAGCAUCACAAUGGAAUCGCCGAGCUCUUAGAAAUCUUAGGAAGCAUAAUCAACGGCUUUGCCCUGCCAUUGAAAGAGGAGCACAAGAUGUUCUUGAUUCGGGUGCUGCUGCCGCUUCACAAAGUGAAGUCACUCAGCGUCUACCACCCACAGCUGGCGUAUUGCGUUGUGCAGUUCUUGGAAAAGGACAGUAGUCUAACUGAACCAGUGAUCAUGGGCUUGCUGAAGUUCUGGCCUAAGACCCACAGCCCCAAAGAAGUGAUGUUCCUCAACGAGCUGGAGGAGAUCCUGGACGUCAUCGAGCCGUCUGAGUUCAUCAAGGUCAUGGAGCCGCUGUUCAGACAGUUGGCCAAGUGUGUUUCCAGUCCACACUUCCAGGUGGCAGAGAGGGCGCUGUACUACUGGAACAACGAGUACAUCAUGAGUCUGAUCAGUGACAACGCCGCCAAGAUCCUCCCCAUCAUGUUCCCUGCUCUCUACAAGAACUCCAAGAGCCACUGGAACAAGACAAUCCAUGGGCUGAUCUACAAUGCCCUAAAGCUCUUCAUGGAGAUGAACCAGAAGCUGUUUGAUGACUGCACCCAGCAGUACAAGGCUGAGAAACAGAAAGAGAAGUACAAGCUGAAGGAGCGUGAGGAGGUCUGGCACAAGAUCGAGGAGCUGGCCAAGCAUAACCCUCAGGUUACCAAACUCCGACCUGGUCUCCACCCACAAGAAGAGUACAUGGUGUACAAUGAGAGUACGGGAGGGGUGCCCUUGUACUCCAUGGAGACGGAGACGCCCACUGCUGAGGACAUUCAGCUGCUGAAGAAGACUGUCGAGACAGAGGCCACACAGGGGAUGAAGGACAUCAAGAAAGACAAGGUGUUGAUGCGGCGGAAGUCGGAGCUGCCGCAGGACGUGUACACUAUAAAAGCCCUGGAGCAACACAAGCGAGCAGAGGAGUACCUGACGGCCAACGAGGAGGCCCUCUGACCAGGGUGUAGUGGCACCCUCCAUGCCUAAACCCCCUCCCUCAACCUCCUGUCCGUCUCUCAUCCAAACAGUCGCCUACUGUACACCUGAUAGCCCCCUCUUCGCCUCCGCUUCUCCUCCCCCUCCACCUCUGCCGGAGAUCCCCAUCUGCAGAAAACCAAGGCCAUCAGAGUUAGACAAGAACACACACUCCUAUACGCACACAUAGGAACAUGCACACAGACGUACAAAUUGUUCCAACUUCCAAAUACUCACAUAUAUUUGACUACAGUGGGCUGAUUGUUAGGUUGCACGAGGACAACCAUUAUACAACAGUAGUAUUAAGUGUAAGCAUCCGUGAAGCAUGUUUCUUUGUUUUGUUUCUGUUUCCCUUCGGAUUGGUUUUGGUUGUCCUCAUGUUCCUCCCUCCUGCUGUGAUAUGCUGUGCUGAAAGGGACGACCAAAGCAUUACCUAUAGAGGGCAGUCGAGUGAGUGGUGGUCCCGCUAGCUUGUCUGGAGUGAGGGGGUGUGGGAUAUCUGAUUGGUUUGGUGGAAAAUAGGGCCAUGCUCUAGUCUAGCUGGAUGUCUGGUGGAAGUAGUGAUUCUGCUCUGUUAAAAAAAAAAAACUUGCUGUCAGUUCAUGUCCAGGCAGCAUAGUACAUUUUGGGGAAGCCAAGUCUGGGACACAAAGCUUACAAGGCAAAGCAAUGACAUGAGAGGACGAGGAAUCAAGAUGGCUGCCUUUAUCUUAAUUUAAUUAAUGUAUGUCAGUCUCUUCCAUGAAACCAGUUUUUUCUCACUCUUUAGUUGUAGCUUCAUGAAGUCACCUCUUUGCAUCCUUAAAUCAUGGCCUUACAGCAUCUGUUGAAUUACAUUCUCCCUGUUUAUUAGUCGCAAGCUAAUAGCAUGAUUGUAAGCCUAGAUAAUUGGUGUAUGCAGGGCAGUCAGUCCGGGUCUCAAUUUACUGUUUGAGUGUUAGAAUAGUAGAAUACACAAGGUGGAAUUGAGAUAUUUGGUUGUGCAUCAGCAGUUUCCCGCUUGUCAGUCACUGACAGUCACUCAAUUAGCCCAUGUCCGCUAACAUGUUUUAGAUUGGUAAGUUAGUCUACCCAGCUAUCUAAACUUGUAGUUAUCACGGCCAAAUUACGGACCAGGCAUGAAGGGCACUUGCCCAGGGGCCCCGGUCUCCAGGGGGCCCCCAAUUGAUUUCAUUAGUCACUUAAGUCAGUUAUUUAUUUAAUUAUAGAUAUCAUAUUAACAUGGCAUAAGUCAUGGCAACAUGUGUAGAAUUGCAGGAAAUUAGCUGUAAAACUGCACAUUUCUCUCUGCCCCACGGCAAAAAGAGUGAAAUGACUUAUAAAAUAGUUUUGCCCGUGAGGUGCCCCUCACUCCCUACCAAUAUCUCGCCUAGUUCCCCCAAAAGGCGUGAGAAAGCAAUCACAAUCAUCUGAUUGCUCGAAGAAGGGUUUUUUGUUUUGUUUGGUUUUUGAGACUUGUUCACAGAACUGAUAAGGCUUUUCAUAUGUUAAUUCCUAGUCGGCCGGUCCACUAUAAAGCACUUGAAGAUACAGAAUACGUUUUGAACAAAUAUCUAAACUUGUAAUAGAGCUCCUGUUGAAAAAAAAUGUUUAUUGUAUUUUAGAGGUGUAGCUCAAAAACAAAAUCAUGUCGCUGUGUCAAAAAGAAACCUCAGAAACCAAUUCAGUUAAAUCAAAUCAAACUGUAUUUGCCACAUGCGCCGAAAACAACAAGUGUAGACUUUACCUUGAAAUGUUACUUACAAGCCCUUAACCAACAGUGCAGUUCAAGAAGAAGACCAUAUUUACCAAGUAGGCUAAAAUGUAAAUGAACACAAUAAGAAUAAGAGAGGAUGUCAGGGUAAUAUUGUCUUUAGGAAAGGCAACCAUAAGCUGCUGCAGUGUCCGUCCAUCCUUUUCUCAAAGAUAACCUUCUCACUCUGCUCUGUCCAGACUCGGACUGUCAUGAUUGUUAUCCAUUCCUUCCUUCAUAAUUAUAUUGUGUUUAUUAAUGUUUCUGGCCCAAUGGGUAACAUCUCCUCUGCCUCUUUAGUUAUUCCUCUGUAGCCAUCUUCUGGCCUUUCUAUCUUAUGUGUUUGUGGAUUUUAUGUUUCUUAAAAGAUGAAAAUGCACCUCUGUUGAGGUAGUCUCAUUGCGGAAAGGAAAACGGUUAUUUCGGUUCAAGUGUAGGGAAUCUCUACACAAUAUCAUGUUCCCCUUUCUCCUCUAAACCGGCUUGAUUCAAUAGGUCUAAUUCCUAACCUAAGCAAUAUUUUUAGUUGAAACAAACUCAUGCUCUUGAAUGGUGUAUGGAAGUGCGCAAUACAAUCCUCCUCAUAGGACUAUCUACAGAUAUAAAAAAUAUAGAAUGGCUUUACUAGCACACAUGGGAAAAGGAAAGGCUGUGGUUACUGUUGCAAAUGUGUACUGUAUAUUGUAAUGUAUAUUGCUUAGGGGUGCACCCCUACCACCCCCUUGUCUUGUAGGUUAAUCCCACCCCCCUUACUCCUCCUCCCUCCUUUUGUUUCUGGUUUGUUUUCUUCCACUUGCUGCGUUUCCUUGUCGUAUGGUCUCGUCUAUUGAGUUGUCUGUCAAUCACACCCAACAGUGGGGAAUUGCUCACUCCUAAGGCUGCUGGGCAAAGUGAGUCGUCAUCGCACACAUACUUAUAGAGGCUGGCUGCCAAAGAGUUCCCUCCCUCAACAUGACCUUACAGUCACAACGUUAGAGCAGUCUAAAUCCGAGCUGCUUUUUAUCCGAGCUGCUUUUUAUAUCAUCUGAGUUGGAUUCCUAACAUGUUUAUCCUGACACAUAAAUAUACACUUUUUUUGUAAUCACAGUAGCGAUAACCUCUACAUUCUCCCUCAGUGGAACAAAAAUCUCAUCAGCUCAGAUUGGAUUUGCCCAGUCUUGUCUGCACCCGAAGACCUAUGCUCUAAAUUGUCUUCUGGUGAGGUUUGAAAAUGUUACCUGUGCAUGAGACAUUUGUAUUUAUAAACACUAUAUCAAUAAGUCGCAAUAUAGUGUUAAAUAUUAAUUCUUAAUACAAAUAAUGUAUUACUGUUCUCUCACCAACCUGAGCAAGGCACAUGCAUUCCUAUUGGCCAUGCUUCCAGAAAGUAACUGUUGAGACAUUCCAGACUACAAGAGAUAGGUAGCAUUGUACCAGGGCACUACAAUGCCAUGGCUGGGUGGUGACUGAUUACAUGAAAUGGCUUAGUUUGUCCAGCAGCCACACACAAACUGAAGAGGACAUUUUUUUUAAACAAAGGGUCUCUCUCCACCCCACCCCCCCAGGUCUGACACUAAUCUUAAGCUGCUUUCCAGGUCAUAUGUACAUAUGUUGUACUUUAAUUAGGUAGAGCAUUACAUAGUAUGAAAGUCAUAUUUUGUACAGAUGUUCAUGUAUGUACAGAACAAAAUAAAGUAAAAAAUAGUGGACAU